UGCGCGCUCCUUUGACAAUAAAAAAACGGUAGUUUGCAUUAAAAUUUUUCUUCCAAUAUCAUAUGAUGCUAGAGAACAACAGUGGUGCUAUUCUAGAAGAAAUGACGACUGACAAAAGUGCCACCAAACCAUCGUCGCCGCGAAGGUUUUUCGAGCGGCUGUAUGGUCACUUGGAGAAAGUAGACCCGAAUCCGCGUUGCGACGGAUGUAGUGCCGCGACGGAAAUGCAAUCGAUUGACCCCAUUCGAUCGCCGUCAGUGAGUUCGGAUAGUACAAGUCGAUCGUCACCUACGUUGGAUAUUGAAGAAACGGAUGGUCUCGGGGCCCUCUACAGUGGGUCAGUGCAAUUUGGUGGAGCGUACGAACAGCGGUCAUAUCCUGGAUACACAACGACUCAGCCACUGGGUCAAGCGUCAUUUGGACAAGGAUUAGUUGCAGUGCAACCAUUAACGCCUCUGGUUGGUGGCUAUGGUGGAACCUUCAGACCUUUUUUCGCCCUUGGCCCGGAUGGAUCUAAUAUACCAGCGGGAUUGUCAGCAUUUUUGGCACGACGGAGAAAGAAAGAAGGACGACCCCGUCGUCAACGGACCACCUUCAGCAGCGAGCAAACGCUCCGACUGGAAGUUGAAUUUCACCGAAACGAAUACAUCUCUCGGGGACGGCGUUUUGAACUGGCGGAAGUUUUAAAACUAUCGGAAACGCAAAUCAAAAUAUGGUUCCAGAACAGACGGGCGAAAGACAAACGCAUCGAGAAAGCGCAAAUCGAUCAACAGUACAGGGCAUUCGCAGCAGUGAAUGGUCUUUUCUCACCCAUCAAUUCACAAUAUCCGCAAGUGCUUGGAACCAGUCUGUCCACCGGGGCACCGACAUUACCCAGCUUCUAUGACCACUUUAGUGCUUCGCCCCGAGAUAAUCAAAAUAUAAGUAAAUAA